CCGGCGCGCAGUGUGCGGAGCCCGGCGAGCGGCCGAUCGCCGCGGCGCUGCCCGGCCGCCCCUACGCGGCGGGGACCGGAGGAGACUAGAGGCGACUCUGCGAGGAGCCCGGUGGCUUCGGCAACCCCAGAGACCCAAGUCCGGCGCGGGCUCUUGAGGAGGAAUUGACAACAUGGCUUCCCCACCGCACCAGCAGCUGCUGCAUCACCACAGCACCGAGGUGAGCUGCGACUCCAGCGGGGACAGCAACAGCGUGACGGUGAAAAUCAACCCCAAGCAGCACCAGGGCUGCACCUCUUCCAAGCACUGCAAGUACAGCAUCUCCUCCAGCUGCAGCUCGGGCGAGUCGGGGGGCGCCCGCCGAGCCGGCGGAGCGGGCGGCACUGGCUCCGGCCUCCGCCGGCAGAAGAAGCUGCCGCAGCUCUUCGAGAGGGCCUCUUCCAAGUGGUGGAACCCCAAGUUCGACUCCAACAACCUGGAGGAGGCUUGCAUGGAGAGAUGCUUCCCGCAGACGCAGCGCAGGUUUCGCUAUGCCCUCUUCUACAUUGGCGUGGCCUGUCUGCUCUGGGGCAUCUACUUCGGCAUACACAUGAGAGAGAAACAGAUUGUGUUCAUGGUGCCGGCUCUGUGCUUCCUCCUGGUAUGUGUAGCUUUUUUUGUGUUCACUUUCACUAAGACUUAUGCCCGCCAUUAUGUAUGGACUUCGCUGACACUCACCCUCCUGGUGUUUGCUCUGACCCUCGCUCCGCAGUUCCAGGCUCUGAAGCCUGUCUCAGGAAGUGGUGACAUGUCCAACCGGACUCUCCCGGCAGAUCCCACGGACACUUGUCUUUCUCAAGUGGGCAGUUUUUCUAUGUGUAUUGAAGUGCUCUUGUUGCUUUACACAGUGAUGCACUUACCCCUGUAUUUAAGCUUGUUCCUGGGACUGUCGUACUCGGUCCUCUUCGAGACCUUUGGUUAUCACUUCCGUGAUGAGAACUGUUUCACACCUCUGGGAGCUGGUGCGGUUUACUGGGAGCUGUUGAGUAAAGCCUUCCUGCACAUCUGCAUCCACGCCAUCGGUAUUCAUUUAUUUAUCAUGUCCGAAGUCAGAUCAAGAAGCACAUUCCUGAAAGUGGGGCAAUCCAUCAUGCACGGAAAAGACUUAGAAGUGGAAAAAGCCCUGAAAGAGAGGAUGAUUCAUUCUGUUAUGCCAAGAAUAAUAGCCGAUGACUUAAUGAAGCAGGGGGAUGAUGAAAGUGAAAACUCCAUCAAACGUCAUUCCACCUCAAGCCCCAAAAACAGGAAGAAGAAGCCCUCCAUCCAGAAAACCCCCAUAAUAUUCCGUCCCUUUAAAAUGCAGCAGAUCGAGCAAGUGAGCAUUUUGUUCGCGGAUAUCGUCGGCUUCACGAAAAUGAGCGCCAACAAAUCAGCCCACGCCCUGGUGGGACUCCUGAAUGACCUCUUUGGACGCUUUGACCGUCUGUGUGAGGACACUAAAUGUGAGAAGAUCAGCACUUUGGGAGACUGUUACUACUGCGUGGCCGGCUGCCCUGAGCCCCGGGCAGACCAUGCCUACUGCUGCAUCGAGAUGGGCUUGGGCAUGAUCAAAGCCAUCGAGCAGUUCUGCCAGGAGAAGAAAGAAAUGGUGAACAUGAGAGUCGGUGUUCACACCGGGACAGUCCUGUGUGGCAUCUUGGGCAUGAGGAGGUUCAAGUUCGAUGUGUGGUCCAACGAUGUCAAUUUGGCCAAUCUGAUGGAGCAGCUUGGGGUGGCCGGCAAGGUCCAUAUUUCGGAAGCUACUGCCAAAUAUUUGGAUGAUCGCUAUGAAAUGGAGGAUGGCAAGGUGGUUGAGCGCGUCGGUCAGAGCGUGGUAGCCGACCAGUUAAAAGGUUUAAAGACCUAUCUGAUCUCGGGUCAGAAGGUGAAGGAGCCCCAGUGCAGCUGUUCCCAAGCUUUGCUUCCUGGCUUGGAGCCUGCAGACGGAGCCAGGACUCCGGGGACGUCGGCAGCCGACAGCUCCAGCGACCCCUCCAAGACAACCAAACAGGUGGAGAAGCCCAAGCCUUGCCCUUCAUGUAGUACCACCCUUGCUCCCCACUGCGAUGUCAGCAUAGAUGAAGGAGCUAUCCAAAAUGGUUGUCAGGAUGAGCAUAAAAACAGUACAAAGGCUCCAGGAGGACACAGCCCAAAGACCCAGAAUGGACUUCUGAGUCCUCCCCAGGAGGAGAAGCUGAGCAACAGCCAAACCUCUCUGUAUGAGAUGCUGCAGGAGAAGGGGCGCUGGGGCGGCGUCAGCCUCGACCAGUCAGCUCUGCUCCCCCUGAGGUUCAAAAACAUCCGGGAAAAAACAGAUGCCCACUUUGUGGAUGUGAUUAAAGAAGACAGCCUCAUGAAAGAUUACUUCUUUAAACCACCUAUUAACAAGCUGAGCCUCAACUUCUUGGAUCAGGAUUUGGAGAUGUCCUACAGGACGAGCUACCAGGAGGAGGUUAUAAGGAAUGCUCCAGUGAAGACGUUUGCCAGUGCCACCUUCAGCUCUCUGCUGGACGUGUUCCUGUCCACCACAGUCUUCCUCAUCCUCUCCAUCACGUGUUUCCUGCGGCACGGCAUGGUGGCAGCCCCGCCGCCGCCCGCCGCUGUCGCCGUGUUCGUCAUCGCCAUCCUGCUGGAAGUGCUGUCCCUUGUCGUGUCCAUCAGGAUGGCUUUUUUCCUGGAGGAGGUGAUGACUUGCACCAAGCGGCUCCUGGAGGUGAUAUCUGGCUGGCUGCCCCGACACUUCUUCGGUGCAAUCCUGGUUUCUCUCCCAGCUCUUGCAGUUUUUUCACACUUCACCUCUGAUUUUGAAACAAAUAUACAUUACACCAUGUUCAUGUGUUGUGCCAUUCUCAUCACCAUUGUGCAGUACUGUAACUUCUGCCAGCUCAGCUCCUGGAUGAGAUCCCUGCUGGCGACGGUGGUGGGAGCAGUGCUGCUCAUCCUGCUCUACGUCUCCUUGUGCCCCUCCAGCUCCAUGGAAGCUCCUCAUCUAGAUUUGGCACAGAACUUUAGCUCCAGGAAGAGCCCGUGCAACAGCUCGGCUGCGAGCGAGGCGCGGCGGCCGGCGGAGCUCAUCGGCCAGGAGGUGGUUCUGGUGUCCUUCCUGCUGCUCCUGCUCGUCUGGUUCCUGAACCGCGAGUUCGAGGUCAGCUACCGCCUGCACUACCACGGCGACGUGGAGGCCGACCUGCACCGCACCAAGAUCCAGAGCAUGAGGGAUCAGGCUGACUGGCUGCUGAGGAACAUCAUCCCCUACCACGUGGCCGAGCAGCUGAAGGUGUCCCAGAGCUAUUCCAAAAACCACGACAGCGGCGGGGUGAUCUUUGCCAGCAUCGUGAACUUCAGCGAGUUCUACGAGGAGAACUACGAGGGAGGCAAGGAGUGCUACCGGGUCCUGAACGAGCUCAUCGGGGACUUCGACGAGCUGCUGAGCCAACCCCACUACAGCAGCAUCGAGAAGAUCAAAACCAUCGGCGCCACCUACAUGGCGGCGUCGGGGCUCAACACGUCGCAGUGCCAGGACAGCAGCCAUCCCCACGGGCACCUGCAGACCCUUUUUGAAUUUGCCAAAGAAAUGAUGCGGGUGGUGGAUGACUUCAACAACAACAUGCUGUGGUUUAACUUCAAACUGCGCAUCGGCUUCAACCACGGCCCCCUCACGGCCGGGGUCAUCGGCACCACCAAGCUGCUCUACGACAUCUGGGGGGACACUGUGAACAUCGCCAGCAGGAUGGACACCACCGGCGUCGAGUGCCGCAUCCAGGUGAGUGAGGAGAGCUACCGCAUCCUCAGCAAGAUGGGCUAUGACUUUGACUACAGGGGGACGGUCAAUGUGAAGGGGAAGGGGCAGAUGAAGACCUACCUUUACCCCAAGUGCAUGGACAACGGCAUCGUGCCCCACCACCAGUUGUCCAUAUCUCCAGACAUUCGGGUUCAAGUGGAUGGCAGCAUUGGGCGGUCUCCCACGGAUGAGAUUGCCAACUUGGUGCCUUCUGUACAGAAUUCUGAUAAGAUUGCCCAUGGCACAGAUAGCUCAGAAGCCAAGGACAUCCUUCCUCCCGCCAAGAAGCUCCAGAAGGACACGGCCAAGGCAGAGGAGAGGUGCAGGUUUGGCAAAGCCGUGGAAAAGGAUGACUGUGAGGAGACGGGGACUGAGGAGGUCAAUGAACUGACAAAGUUAAAUAUCUCUAAGAGUGUAUGAUGAACUGUCAGAGUUGCAUGAAGUGCUCUGUCCAUAGAAACACACAGACUUUUGCAAUUGGCAGUUUUCUUUUCCAAGAGAGACCUUCUCCACCCCUGGGUUGUACGUUUGUGUUCAUUUCGGCGCCUGGGGCUGUGUGGAUCAUGGCUCUUCAGGGCUUGUUUUCAUCCAUCUCUCUCCUCCAUGCCCCAAACCACAUCCCAAGCUCCCCAGCUCCCUGUGCAACCAUCUUACAGCUGAGUAGAGGAUAUUAAGUGCCUUCAGAUAUACUCCAUUGGACUCCCUGUCAAGGUACAGAGGCCCCAAGUGAAAUCAUAGCUUUGGGUAUUUAUCUAAUUUUAAAGAAAAGAAAAAGCUGUGGUUAUAUCAUUUUUAUUGUCGUUUCUCACAAAACACUUUUUUUGGCUAAUGCAACUCCUUGGGUUUUUUAUAUCUCUCGGAACAAUGUUUUACUGUUAUCAGACCUUUUGUAUGUAACACACAGACAUGUGCAUGUAUCUACCAUAUGAGACUGCUAUAAAGUGCCAGUAAUGCACCACAAGAAUGUCUGGGUGAGGGGUGGCACCUUUGGGCCGGGCUGGAGGGGAGUUGUGCCGUGGCUCAGCCUUUAGUCGGGGCAGGAGGAGCAGCUGCUGCCCUUCUGUUCUCCUUUCCCCAUGCUUCUGCAGCCUCCAUGUGCCAUCGUGUGCUUUGGAUACACUUCUUUUCCAUAUAGCCAAUGAGUUACUGAUCCUGGGAAUGGAAGGAGGGUUGGGACAGUGCCAGCUCUGGGGACAGAUGUCCAGAAGCAGGAGAGACCACGGGAGUGCUGCAGUUCAGGGCUCCCGGCUCCGUGUGCAGCUCGGUGGGUGAAGGUAGGUGACAUCGGUGUCUCGGAGCUGAUUGGAGAGAGACAGAGAAGCAAAAUAAAUGUUUUGGGAAUGCCUUUA